CCUGUUCCCCCGGGCGGAUCCGCCACCCGGAGUGACAGCGGCGGCGGCGGCGGCGGCUCCGGACUCGGCUCGGGAGUGCCAGGGGGGCUGCUUUCAUCUCCCAAGCCGGGGCGCCCCCGCCGGCCCCGGCACGCCGAGGGGGAGCUUCUUCCGCCGCCGGCCGGCGGGCCGACUCGCGGCUCCGGGACGCCGAUGCGAAGGGGCGGGCGCGGGCCGGGCGCUGCGGCGGCUCCCUCCCCGCCCCGGCUGGGCUGGGCCGCCCUGCCCGGCCCAUGCGGCUGCUGAGGCGGCGGGGGCGGUGGUCCUGCCCGCCGCGGCCGCGCUCCGAGCCCCGGGCGGCCCCCGCGGCCGGCCCCUGAGCGCCCCGGCCCCGGCCCCGGCCCCGGCCCCCGGCGUGGCGACCAUGGACAAGAUCCUGGAGGGCCUGGUGAGCUCGUCGCACCCGCUGCCGCUGAAGCGGGUGAUCGUGCGCAAGGUGGUGGAGUCGGCCGAGCACUGGCUGGACGGGGCGCAGUGCGAGGCCAUGUUCGAGCUGACCACGCGGCUCAUCCUGCAGGGCCAGGACGCCUUCCAGCGCCAGGUGGGCCACCAGGUGCUGGAGGCCUACGCCCGCUACCACCGCGCCGAGUUCGAGGCCUUCUUCAACAAGACCUUCGUGCUGGGCCUGCUCCAGCAGGGCUACCACUCGCUGGACAGGCGGGACGUCGCCAUCCUGGACUACAUCCACAACGGGCUGAAGCUGAUCAUGAGCUGCCCGUCGGUGCUCGACCUGUUCGGGCUGCUGCAGGUGGAGGUGCUGCGGCUGGUGUGCGAGCGGCCCGAGCCGCCGCUGUGCGCCCGCCUCUGCGACCUGCUGGCCGACUUCGCGCAGUGCGUCCCCAAGGGGAAGCUGACGGGCGCCUUCUGCCAGCAGCUGGUGCGGACCAUCGGCCACUUCCAGUGCGCGUCCGGCCAGGAGAAGGAGCUGCGCGAGUACGUGGCCCAGGUGACCAAGGUGAGCAGCUUGCUGCAGAGCAUCUGGAAGGCCGAGCCCUCCACGCUGCUGCCCUCCCUGCAGGAGGUGUUUGCCAGCAUCUCGUCCACAGACGCGUCCUAUGAGCCCUCCGCGGCGCUGGCGAGCCUGGUGCAGCACAUCCCUCUGCAGAUGACCGCAGUGCUCAUCAGGAGCCUCACUACGGACCCUGGGGUGAAAGAUGCGAGCGUGACGCAGGCGCUUUGCAGAAUGAUUGACUGGCUGUCCUGGCCGUUGGCUCAGCACGUGGACACAUGGGUGAUCGCCCUCCUGAAAGGCCUGGCCGCCGUUCAGAAGUUCACUAUCUUGAUAGAUGUCACGCUGCUGAAAAUAGAACUGGUUUUCAAUCGGCUUUGCUUUCCUCUCGUGAGACCCGGUGCUCUUGCAGUUCUUUCUCACAUGCUGCUCAGUUUUCAGCACUCUCCUGAGGCUUUCCAUCUGAUUGUUCCUCAUGUAGCUAACUUGGUUCAUACCUUCAAGAAUGAUGGUCUACCUUCUAGUUCAGCCUUCUUAGUGCAAUUAACAGAGUUGAUACACUGUAUGAUGUAUCAUUAUUCUGGAUUUCCAGACCUCUAUGAUCCUAUUCUGGAAGCGAUAAAGGAUUUGCCCAAGCCCAGUGAAGAGAAGAUUAAAUUGAUUCUCAAUCAAAGUGCCUGGACUUCUCAAUCCAAUUCUUUGGCAUCUUGCUUAUCUAGGCUUUCCGGAAAGUCUGAAACUGGGAAAACUGGUCUUAUUAACUUGGGAAAUACGUGUUACAUGAACAGUGUUAUACAGGCAUUGUUUAUGGCCACAGAUUUCAGGAGGCAAGUGUUAUCCUUAAAUUUAAAUGGGUGCAAUUCAUUAAUGAAAAAACUACAGCAUCUUUUUGCUUUUUUGGCUCAUACGCAGAGGGAAGCAUAUGCACCUCGGAUAUUCUUUGAGGCUUCCAGACCUCCAUGGUUUACCCCCAGGUCACAGCAAGACUGCUCUGAAUACCUCAGGUUUCUACUAGACAGGCUCCAUGAAGAAGAAAAGAUCUUGAAAGCUCAGUCCUCUCACAAGCUUCCAGAGAAUCUAGGGUGCAGUGAAGCGUCACUACAGGAAGUGGCCAGUCAGGCAGCUGUACUAACAGAGCCCCCGUGCACAAGUGAUGGAGAGAAGACUUUAAUAGAAAAAAUGUUUGGAGGAAAGAUACGAACUCACAUAUGUUGUUUGAACUGCAGGAGUACCUCACAAAAAGUGGAAGCCUUCACCGAUCUUUCUCUUGCCUUUUGUCCUUCCUCUUCCUUGGAAAACUUGGCUUUUCAAGAUCCAGCGUCAUCCCUCAGUACACAAGAUGAGGAUGGUGGUCUAGUGCAAGCCAGUGUGCCCGGACCAUCGGAAGAGCCAGGAGUUUCUAGCCCCAUGACAGCUGCUUUUGUCUGUGACUCAGCUGUGAGUGAGAGGGUGAUGAGCAGUCCUCCUGAGGAGGAGCUCCACUGUCCUGACAACACCUCUGUCCUGAAGGAACCUAGCCAGCUUCUUGUUGAUAAACAUGUACCUCAGAAGCCAGGAGAAAUCACCCCUUCAGUUACUGACCUACUAAAUUAUUUUUUGGCUCCUGAAAUUCUUACUGGUGACAACCAGUAUUAUUGUGAAAACUGUGCCUCUCUGCAGAACGCUGAAAAAACUAUGCAAAUCACGGAGGAACCCGAAUACCUUAUUCUUACGCUCCUGAGAUUUUCGUAUGAUCAGAAGUAUCACGUGAGAAGAAAAAUUUUAGACAACGUGUCACUGCCACUGGUUUUGGAGUUGCCAGUCAAAAGAACGCUUCCGUUCUCUUCCGUAUCAGAGAGUUGGGCUCUAGAUGUCGACUUGGCGGAUAUCGGUGAGAACCUAGCAAAAAAAUUAAAGCCUUCUGGGACUGAAGAAGCUCGCUGCCCAACAUUGGUGCCCUAUCUGCUGAGUUCUGUGGUCGUUCACUCUGGCAUAUCCUCUGAAAGUGGGCACUACUAUUCUUAUGCCAGAAACAUCUCAGGUACAGAGUCUUCCUACCAGAUGUGCCACCAGUCUGAAACUCUGGCGAUAGCGUCCUCCCAGAGUCAUCUGCUAGGAAGAGAGAGUCCCGGCUCAGUUACUGAGCAGGAUUUGGAAAAUAAAGAAAUGUCACAGGAAUGGUUUCUAUUUAACGACAGCAGAGUGACAUUUACUUCAUUUCAGUCUGUCCAGAAAAUUACAAGUAGGUUUCCAAAGGAUACAGCUUAUGUACUUUUGUAUAAAAAGCAGAACAUUGCCAAUAGUUUAAGUGACAGUAAUUCAGCCAGUGGACUCUGGGUAAAUGGAGACCCACCUCUACAGAAGGAACUGAUGGAUGCUAUAACAAAAGACAAUAAACUGUAUUUACAGGAACAAGAGCUGAACGCUCGAGCCCGUGCCCUCCAAGCUGCUUCUGCCUCCUGUUCAUUCCGGCCCAAUGGAUUUGACGACAAUGACCCGCCAGGAAGCUGUGGGCCUACUGGUGGCGGCGGUGGUGGCGGAUUCAAUACGGUCGGCAGGCUCGUGUUCUGAUCCUGAGGAAGAGUCCACAGUGCACUGAACAUAACCAUCCCAUUCUGUGACUGUUAAAAUGCCAGACUGUAACAAACAACACUUCUCUUUUAUUUUUUCCCUUUCAUUAGACCCUUAUACUUUAAGAAAAUACACUCAUUACUUGUUCUUUUCUUGACAGUACAUUUCUUUAAAAAGUAUAUCAUGGGAAAAAAAAGAAAAGAUCUACCUCUUAAAAUUCCAUUUGCUUUUUUGUGGCUAGAUAUGUGUGACCAAAAAUUUUCAGAGGAAAAUACAUACCUGGCCCCUAAUGAAGCUGCAUUCAAUUUAGGAGAGGCAUUGGAGUAGUCCUAAUCCUCACUUUCACUGAGCAAAGAAAUGAAUUUCACUUAGUACCCUUUAUAAAAUGAGCAAUAUUAGAGGUGAUGGAAUAUUACCCCAAAAAUCAACUUUCACUUCCUGUCCUAUCCAGUUAAUGAAUUCUAAUCUUUGAAACUACCUGAGGCCGCCCAGUCUCUAAAUGAAGGCAAUAACAUGAAGUCUCUCACACGGUAGAACUUUUCAGGUUUUUGUUCAAUGCUGCCUUCGGCAUCACUGCAUUUGCAUUUCAAGUUUCAAACAAGGUUGUUUAUACAUAUGUGCUGCAUUGAUUUUAAGAAGGUGCAUGAUCCUAUAGGAACAACGUUUUUACCUAAAAUUGCUAACUUUGUAGUGUUUUUAAUUGUCUUAAGAAUUCGAAAACUCUUAUCAAUAUUUCAGGGAGUAAAUCUGUGUGUUGAAGGAGGUGGAUUCUGUAUGUGCCUUGCAGUUCUGUACUUCAGAAUAGGAAUCUUGGGCUGCAGAGUUUUGUUCUGUUCUGUUUUGUUUUGUUUUGUUUUUAAUGAAAUGUUAGGAAGUAACCUUUUGUGUAACAUGAAAAUUAAUGAAUUUUGGAGGGUAUUAGCUUUUCCUGAAGUAAAACCUGUUGGUUCUAAAUCAAUAAAUGUGAUGACCGUUUUUAACCUUUGAGAAUUCCGAAGUGAACCUAGUCAAAAAUUCUUCUUUGUUAUUUAAACCUCAGAAUAUUAAACGUUGAUCACUUAUUUCUAGA